AUGUCAUUUAAGAGAGAAGAUUCAAAUACAACGCAGAAUAAACAAGUAGUGGAUCUGAUUCGUGCUGCAGUAAAUAAUGCAAGCAUCCCAGAGGAAGAAUAUUCCACCGUAAAAGUAACUCCAAUUCAAAAGGAAGGAAUUCUUACUACAACAGUUGCUGUUUCAGAGGGGAUCAUGGGAGCAAUGAAAAAACAGAAAGCUGCACUUAUUGAGAAGUUAGAAAGUGUUCUAAAUGGGACAGUGUUCAUAAUUAGAGAUAGAAAGGUACAGAUGGUAGAAGGAAAGGGGGGAAAGCAAGUUAUACAGUCACCAAUCACACAUGCUGGAUACCAAGAGAGAGUAGUCAAUGAUUUAGUUGCUCCUUCUCACAUCGUAGAUAGAAGAACCGUUAUAAGAGAGGAUGGGUCAAGACUUGAGAAGAUGAUCAUCGAAGCUAAGCACAAGGAUGAGUUUUCAAACAGAUUUGAGCCAAUGGGGGUAGUCUUUGAAGAGAUGUUUGGAAAGAAGGCUCUUUUCAUGGCCAAUUACUAUUAAACCA